CGAGAUAAAUAUGUUCUAGAUGAUCAAAUAACCGUUGGACAUUUGAAGAUGAAUUGGCCACUGGUGCUGACUUGUUUUUUGCUACCACAGUCGUGCAUUCUCGGUGCUUCGCGUGGCUGCACGUUCCCGGAGGAAUGGUACGGUCGGUGGUUCCAGUCGGGGAUUACGGACUUGGUGACCGUCAACGGUUCCGAAAUCACCAGCAAGGGCUUCUGCAUCGAGAAAAACGGCGACAAGUUUCUCGUUCACGACACGAAGUACAGAUGUUACCGGUGUAUUGUGAUGCACGCGCAACAUGCCAAUGUUCUACAAUACAAAGAAACUUAUUGCACGAGCGAUUCACCGGAACCGAGUCUGCUGACCCAAUGCGGCACGUUGACCAGCGACGCCACUCUGGUCUCUCUGUUUCGCUCCAAUGCAGCGCCGCUGCCCUGUCCCAUUAAGGGUCCCCUGGAGUUCACGUACAGCCAGGGUGAGGGCGAGUGUAAUUCGCCGCGGUCACGGGCGGAAGCGUGCACGCAGGAUUCACGUCUGCUCCUGCGCUACCAAGCAUGUGCCAACGUUCACUCGUCCGAAAGUGUGGAUGUAGAAUUGGAGUGUCUGGCUCAUUGGAGGGAGGGCAGCACAAAUUACAUGGUCGCGCGCUUGCACAGUGAUCGUAACGAUCGUAAAACAAGCGACGAAGAGAGCUACAGAUGUUUUAUUUACACAAAUCCAUCGAACAAUACAUGGAACCUCGCGCAGAGCUCGGAUGCUGCCUGCAACGGAUUGAUCAGCGUCACCGAGGCCGCCAGAACGUUCAAGAUGACACAAAAAAAGCCACCGCAGCGUUGCACGUAUCCGUCCUGGGUAGUGGCCGGUAAAUCGUGGGUGGCUUUGGAUCGAAUGGCUUCCCGACUCCUGGCGUCGCCUUACAAUCUCACGAUUCUCGACCGAAACGAGACUCGCCUUAUUUGCCAUUCGGUUGUUACCAUUGAUGAUCAUCGCUAUCACCAUUCGACGCCAAUCGAUAGAGAGAAUCAGAAGCAAUUCGUCGCAAAGGCAACACGGGAUUGCAAAAACGGAUAUGUAUGCGUCAUGUUCCAUAGAAGGGACGAACACGUAAUAGAAAUGCAACUGUCGGAAUGGGGCCAGCAGCCCGACGACAUAUGCAACUCGAGCACAUUCAACUCACACACGAUGCCGUACACGACGUUCAUCACAUCCGAUCCGAUGACCAGGCAAUGCCCCAAUCUCGGUCGCUACGAGAUCGUGUCGUUGUUUCGGCCACCGAACGCCGACAACGUUGAAAGCGUAUUGGCUGUCGACGGCGAGCAGAACAUUGCUAACGCAGCGGAGGUGCACGACGGGAGAGUACCCUCGACAGCAUUCCCAAGCCAGUGCCACCACGGUAGUGUACGUAGAUUGGACAUCGGUUGCAGGACACCCGAUCGUAUGGAGUUUGCCACGUCUUGCAGCGACGAGGCGUUAUCC